GAGAGCUCGAUUGAGCGAGAGAGGAAGAGGAGGAGGAAGAGGAGGAGGAGGAAGAAGCAGAGCUCUCGAGAGAACGAGGAGAGAGAGGGAGAGGGAGAGAGAGAGAGGGGGGGAGGGGGAGAUGAGGUUCGUGAUGGAGUUCGCGGAGAACCUGAUCCUGCGGAUGAUGGAGGAUCCAAAGAAGCGGGACGAGGCGCAGCGGGAGCACAUCUACGCCAUGCAGGAGCGGUGCGAGCGCACCAAGGCCCACUGGAGCCUCCCCCUCCGCCCCUACGGCUUCUGGACCUUCGACCGCUUCAACUCCCAGCUCUUCUGGGACGCCCAGAUCUCCCACGCCCCCGGACGCCGCGACCCCUACGACGACCUCCUCCUCCACCAACCCCCCGCAAACCCUAAGUCCAACCCCUGAAUCCGCAGGUAAUCCAAUAACGGUGGAAACUGCUAUUGAAGUGACGAAGUGAUGGAUUGCAAUCUUCUUUUGCAUGCUCGAACCUGUUUAUGAUUCCAUUGUUUACUUCUAAACUCUGCUGUUCCCAAACUUUGUUUUAUGGUAAAUCUAUCUUUGAAUAAGCAAAUCGACAAUAUCUGUACCUAAACCUUUUAUGAUUUAUUGCAUGUUAUUAGAUGUUUGAUGUUAAGCUAAACAUCUUUAGAUUAACUCACCGAUCAUUCGUUCGUGACAAGCAAAAGAAUCUCGUGGUUUCAGCUUUC